UUCGAAUACGUACUUUACAGAAUUCUUAUUGGGCGAGAUCUACCAAAAUCUAAGCCCAUCAAGCCUUAAGCUUCCUCCUGGUUCUUAAAAUUUCUAGGGUUUAUAGGCGCAUCCAAGAUGCAACCAUCAAACAACAAUGGCGAUUCUGACGUUUCUGUCUCCAUUCUUCACCUUUCGAUCGUUACAAAUCAAAUUAAUAGACCCCCAUGAACCGAAACUUAAAUCUUCAUCGCCACUACACCCACGAUCUUCCAUUAAAUGAUUAUUGUUCUUCGUCCAGUCGGUGAUUCUCAGCUAUAAAAAGUAUAAUGGCUGCCUCAACUAUCUUGCUCUCCUAUUUGAAGGCUCGACGGUGCUCUUCCACGGUGGAGGUGCGGCUUCUGAGACUCUAGGAAGCAAGAAACGCUAAACUUGGUGGAAAGUUGAUAAGGCGACUCUCAUACAUGCCACCGUGAAUGUCCACCAUCUGACCACUUUCAGACAUCGCCUCACGGCGGGUUCCAUGUUCUCCGUCAGCAGAUUUGAUGUGACUGAGUGCAACCAGAACUUCAUGCUGUCAGACUCUCCUCUGGCAAUCCGAUUCAGUGAUUCCACCGCUAUGGAUGAGAUGACUGAGCCGGUGAACCCCAUUCCUGAAGAACGGUUCAGGUUCUGCAAUCACAGUGAGUUGCUUGGUCUAGCCAACACCAACACCCACCUUCCAGACAUAACUGGUGAGAUAUGUGCAAUUCAUAUUCUGUUUUCUCCUUGGCAGUACGUCUAUGUGACACUUAGUUUGUUUGACUCACAAUCUGUUGCGUUUCGCAACAAAAUAGAACGUAAGGAGUGGUUUCCAGAGGCUGAUAAGCUUGAGGAACUCAAAGUAUGUAUUGGCGUUGUUUUCUCGGCUUUUAGUUUAAGUUUAUUUUGUGCGGAAGAGUAUUUGUUGCUUUGAUCAUCUCCUUGCAUUUUCAUGUAACUAAGUUUGUAACUCUCAGGAGCAUCUUUGCGAUUUGUUUUUUUAUGGAUUGUACCGUUACAUAAUUGCAAUGCUUAAUAUAUGGAUAAGAUGUGACCAAAUGAAUAUUUAAAAACGA